AUGUGUGAUAAGAUUAGUUCACGUCCUUCAAUAGAAGACAAAUAUGAACCACAAGAAAUAGUCCAACAAGCUUCAAACUCUUUUGAAAAAAUUCAGGAAUCAAGCUCAAAUGAAAAAUCAAACUUCAAACUGGAUGCGGAAGAACUUCCAUCUGUAGAAUCUGAUGAAGGUAGAGAACCAACAGAACAAGAAAUGUCCACUUUAAGACAUGUUUCAUCUUCAAUCCCAUUAAGUUGUUGGUUGGUUGCAAUUGUCGAAUUAGCAGAAAGAUUCUCCUACUAUGGUUUAUCUGCUCCUUUCCAAAACUAUAUGCAACGUUCACAAUCCGAUUCACCAAAAGGUAUGUUGGGUUUGGGUCAACAAGGUGCUACUGCAUUGUCAUAUUUCUUCCAAUUCUGGUGUUAUGUUACUCCAAUUUUUGGUGGGUGGUUAGCUGACACCUAUUUAGGUAAAUUUAAUACUAUUUGUUGGUUCUGUGGUAUCUAUAUCAUUGGUAUUUUCAUUUUAUUUAUUACUUCUGUCCCAUCUAUCACUAAUCCAAAAAUUGCCUUGGGAGGUUUCAUUACUGCUAUUAUUAUUAUUGGUCUUGGUACUGGUGGUGUCAAGUCCAAUGUUUCUCCCUUGAUUGCUGAUCAAGUUCCUAAAUCUAAACCAUAUAUUAAAGUUACUAAAAAAGGUGAAAGAGUCAUUGUUGAUCCAAGUGUUACUAUCCAACGUGUUUUCAUGUUCUUUUAUAUGAUGAUUAACAUUGGUUCUUUAUCCGUCAUUGCCACUGCACAAUUGGAAUUGCAUGUGGGUUUCUGGAGUGCUUACUUGUUACCAUUCUGUUUCUUUUUCAUUGCUCUUGCUGCUUUGUUCUUGGGUAGAAACCAAUAUAUUAAAACUCCAGUCGGAGACAAGAUCAUUGCCAAAACUUUUUCAUGUGCCUGGGUUGGUAUUAAAAACAAUUUCAACUUGGAUGCUGCUAAACCUUCAUUACAUCCAGAACAAAGUUACCGUUGGAAUGAUCAUUUUGUUGAAGAAGUUAGAAGAGCCAUUUCUGCUUGUUGGGUUUUUGUUUUCUAUCCAAUCUUUUGGGUUAUCUACGGUAGUAUGAAUAACGGUCAAAUUGCUGUUGCUGCUAAUAUGGAAAUGCAUGGUUUAAGUAACAGUUUAAUGACUUGUUUCAACAGUAUUGCUAUUAUUGUUUUCAUUCCAAUCAUUGAUAAACUCUUUUACCCAUUCAUUAGAAGAUUCACUCCAAUGAAACCAAUUGCUAGAAUCACCAUUGGUUUCUUCUUUGCCUCAGCAGCUAUGGUUUACUCAGCCGUUUUGCAACAUUUCAUCUACAAAGCAGGUCCAUGUUACGAUCAUCCAAGAGCUUGUGCUCCAGAAUAUGCUGAUGUUCCAAACAGAGUUCAUAUUGCUCUUCAAGUUCCUAUUUAUGCAUUGAUUGCUUUAGCUGAAAUCUUUGCUUCUAUCACUGGUCUUGAAUAUGCUUAUAGUAAAUCCCCAGCUUCAAUGAAAGCUUUCACUACAUCCAUCUUUUUAUUCACUAAUGCUAUCGGUUCAUUAUUGGGUAUUGCUUUGUCUUCAACUGCCAAAGAUCCAAUUAUUAUCUGGAAUUUCACCGGUAUGGCUGUUGCUGCAUUUGUUGCCGGUACUGCAUUCUAUCUUAUUUUUAGAAGAUACAACAAAUUGGAAAGUGAACAACAAGCUUUGGAUUAUGAAGAUGAUUCCAAUGAUCUUCAACCAGUUACUUCAUUUGCCCGUUCUGCCAAGAGUGUGGGACUUUAA